AUGGUCUUCACUCGUGGAGAUGUAUCUGGCGAGGUUGAUGAGACAAUAGAUCAUAAUGAAGCUGCCAGCGAUAUCGAAGUGGUUACCUGGGAUGGACCUAAAGAUCCUGGGAAUCCGUAUAACUGGUCCCUUCGCCAGAAGUGGACGUUGACGUACCUGGCAAGCUUCACAACCUUUAUCACCAUGAUGAACGGUACGAUCAUCACCGUCGCCCAUGCAGCCAUCAACGAGGAAUUUGGGAUCUCAGAUGCCUCGUUUCCCAACUCAUACUGGCCUGUGUCAUCUUGGGCCAUCGGCGGAGGAUGCUUUUCUCUCCUAGUCCUUCCGCUAAUGGAGGAUUUCGGCGUGAGAUGGGUAUUCCUUUCGACCUGGGCAAUCUUCAUCUGCUUCGUGAUUCCACAAGCGGUGGCGCAGAACUUCGCCACGUUGAUCGUGACCAGAUUUUUUGCUGGUGGCUGCGUUGCUAUUCUUGCGAACACCUCUGCGACUGUUAUUGGGAAUCUCUGGGACACCGAGAAAUCACGCAAUAUUCCUGUCAGUUUGUAUAUUGUGACGUAUCUUGUCGGGGCUAGCAUUGGUCCUGUCAUUGGCGCUCCGAUCUUCCAGUUCCUUUCCUGGAGGUGGAUUGGAUACCUCCAAAUCAUCUGGUACGGAGCCUUACUCCCGGUAUACUUUUUCAUGUUCAAGGAGUGUCGCGGGAUCGCCAUUCUGGGGCAGCGUGCGAAGGCGUUGCGGCGAGAGGGGCGGAUGGCAUAUACCCAACAUGAGAUCGAUAGUGCAGGAACAUCACUGCUGAGGAUUGUGGCGAAGAGUGCGGCAAGGCCGCUGAUUAUGUACUUUACGGAGUCUGUCGUCUUCUUCUCGGGGAUGUGGUCUGCGUUCACGGUGGGGACACUCUAUCUGUUCACACAGUCAGUUGAGCAGGUGUUUUCGGGGCUUUAUGGAUGGUCUCCCUCACAGGCUGGAUAUUUGCAAGCUGCCAUCGUUAUUGGAGAGUGUAUUGGAUGGGUAGGGACGCUAUAUUCGGGGAGAUUGUAUUUCAACUCAGCCUCAAAAAACACUGAAGUCCCUGGAACACCCAUCCCCGAGGCACGUUUGUACCUCGCUAUCGUUGCUGGCGUUGUCGGCCUUUCUGGUGGCAUGUUUGUCUAUGCGUGGACAUCUUACCCUUUUCUUCCGUGGAUUGCACCGGCUAUCGGUCUCGCUAUGGUGGGAGCCGGUAGUGUUAUUGUGGUUUCUGGAAUCUCAGACUACGUUGUCGAUGCCUAUGCCAAAUAUGCGGGUAGUGCGGUGGGUAUCAUUGUCACAGGCGAGAAUGUUUUCUCAGCCUUCCUGCCGCUGGCGGCGAUGAGCAUGUACUCACACCUUGGAUUUCAGUGGGCCAGCACACUAUUGGCCUUCAUCUCACUAGCUCUGUCUCUUGCCCCGAUCCUGCUUGUGGUGUAUGGCAAGUCGAUCCGAGCUCGGAGUCCGUUCAUGAAAGAAGCGAUGCUGGAAAAGCGUAGGAAGAGCAUCGAUUCAGUUUAG